AUGCAAAGUCGAUCAUUGCGCGUUCUGUUUAGAAAGAUCAGUAGGGAAUUUAUUCAUAUGCAAAGAGAUGUAGGAAGUAGUGUUGAAGUCUCGUGUGAUUUCCGUGCUGUGGCAGUGUUGGGAUCUCUUUCUUGGAUGGCUGAAGAAGCCGAUGAGCUAUCAACCAAUCAUCAAGAGUCUUUUGAAAUCUUAGGUUUACCUCAAGUAGGUAUUGAUAAGUACUUGGAGAUGGAGAAUACUUGCUGCGUUCCAGAGCAUUAG